AUGCUGCCGAAAAAGCGGGCGAAAGUGGUGAAAAAAGAGCCUGAAGACGACGCCAAUAUCUUCCUGCUGGCGCUGCUAAAGCUGCUGGCCACAACGACGGCAGCAACGUCGGCAUCGUCGCUGGCGAGUGUGUCGCGGAAGCUGUCGGUAGCGACUACUCCCGCCACUCCCGACACUGCUUCCGACACCACCACCACCAAAAUCACUACCACUACUAAAGCCACGGUCAAACUGGCACCGGAACCAUCGUCAAAGGAGAUCGCUGAGCUCAAACAACACUAUCUCUCCAAAUUGAAGGAACAGGAGCUCAUACGCAACUAUAUCGAAGUGAUCACUAACCAGAUCACCGAGCUCAGUUUUGUGAAGCUGGGGAUGAUCACCUUUGAAGCGUUAAGGCCCCCGACCCCGGCUUCAGCGCCAACCCUUAAAGCGACUCCGGUAAUGACCACUACAGCCCUGCUGACACUGCCGUCGCUGACCAAUAAGCAGCACGCCGACCAGUUGGACCAGAUCAACUCGAUACAAGAUUUAAACAAGUUUUUGGCCUACCUAAACCGGCUGCUGCUGAUAUUGAACCUGGCCACCAAGAGGCAGCCGCUGAAGCGCGAGGAUCUGGAGCUGUGGGUCAACCACCAGAUCAACCACUACCUCGAGCUCAGGGCUAAGUUCAAGCCGAAACAGGGGGCGAUCGACGCCAAACUGCUGCUGCUGCGCCUGCUGUCGUCGCCGUUCGCCGCGGCGCUGGCAGUAGAGCUGCCGGCGCUGAAACCACUGGCGCUGAUGCGCCAGAUGCUGGUGGCGCUGCUGCCCCGGUUUCUCGAUGACUUUGACUUCGACAUGGGCCGGCCCCUGAGCGAUAUCGACUUGGUGCUUGAUAAUGAUGUGGUCGACCGCAUGAUCCUCGAGACGGCGCUGGGCCCUAGUAUCAGCGAUAUCCCCAACGAGAUCGGCAUAUUGAUGGCUGACGACGACUACGGCGUGAAAAUUCACCUGGGAAGCUCAAAGGAUGACGAUCUGAGUGCGGCUAACGACAACGGUACCCGUCUGGUAACCUCCCUUACCCCUAAACGCCAGGGUAAAUUCAACUGCGGCUUCUGCUCGCUGGACACCCCCUGCUUGUGUCUCGAUACGGAUAUCGAGACGUGUGUCCCCAAAUGA